AUGGAAAAACUGUUACCAUAUUUGAUUUCUAAAAAUCAGUCUGGGUUUGUAAAAGGGAGAAACAUAUUUGAGAACAUACUCCUCACACAGGAGAUAGUCUCAGACAUCAGAUUAAGAGGGAAACCUGCUAAUGUAGUUCUGAAGCUGGACAUGACCAAGGCAUAUGAUAGGGUAUCCUGGAAGUACCUUAUGCAUGUGCUAAGAAAAAUGGGUUUUGCUGAACACUUUAUUAAUCUUAUAUGGAGAUUGAUUGCUAACAAUUGGUAUUCUAUCCUUAUCAAUGGACAGGCAACUGGUUUUUUCCAAUCUACUAGAGGAGUGAAGCAGGGGGAUCCACUUUCCCUAACUCUGUUCCUAUUAUCUGCUGAAGGAAAAUCUCCAUUUCUUGUUUCAAGGCACGGAUUGAUCUUCAAAGACCAGGGGUGGUCGAACCAUUUUUGGUAA